AUGACGGACGAAGUAAGGGUAGUGACGGAGCACCCACCAGCGCCACUCUUCGACGUGGGGGAGCUCAAGCUCUGGUCCUUCUAUCGUGCUCUCAUCGCUGAGUUCGUUGCCACCCUCCUGUUCCUCUAUGUCCUCGUGGCCACCGUCAUCGGCCACAAAGCCGAGUCUCUAGGCAACCACUGCGGCGGCGUCGGCCUCCUUGGGAUCGCUUGGGCUGUCGGCGGCAUGAUCUUUCUUCUCGUCUACUGCACCGCCGGCAUCUCUGGUGGACACAUCAACCCGGCCGUCACAUUUGGUCUUCUCCUAGGUCGAAAGGUGUCGGUGUUGCGGGCGGUGUCGUACAUGGUGGCGCAGUGUGCGGGCGCCAUAUGCGGCGUCGGAAUCGCGAGGGCUAUAAUGAAACACCAGUUCGAUGCUUUCGGCGGCGGGACUAACGUGGUGGCCUUAUGCUACUCCAACGGUGCUGCGCUUGGCGCUGAGAUCAUCGGCACCUUCGUGCUCGUCUACACCGUCUUCACUGCCACCGACCCCACGCGCAACGCCCGUGACUCCCACGUUCCGGUGUUGGCGCCUCUAUCGAUUGGCUUUGCGGUGUUUUUGGUGCACUUGGCGACGAUUCCGAUCACAGGCACAGGUAUCAACCCGGCAAGGAGCCUCGGAGCUGCUGUCAUUUACAACAGACGGAAGGCAUGGAAUGAUCAGAGUUCAAAGGUACCACCACCUUAUCUGGCUUCUCCAUUCCCUUUGCUGCAGUGGAUCUUCUGGGUGGGUCCCUUCAUCGGAGCUGCGGCCGCCGCGCUGUACCACGAGUACGUGUUGAAGUCAGCGGCUAUCAAGGCCUUCCGCAGGAGCACCGCAACACCUGAAGCAUCAGCUCCUCGUCCUCCUCCUCCGUGA